AUGAACAACAUGAGCCUGUUCCGCCAUGAUAUUCCCAAGCCCCGACUGGAGCCGGAGGACUACCUGGAGAAGACGUUCAGCGACUACCUGUCCUGCCAUCCCACCUACAUGAUACCGCUCAUCAGGGCGCACAACUUUAUCAUGCGUGAUUUGGGACCACUGAGCACCAUGGCCCGCCACUACAUUGCCCUUCUGGCUGCGUCGCGACACCGCUGCUCUUACCUGGUCAGCAUCUCCAAGAAAGAGUUCCUUCACAAUGGAGGUGAUCCUGAUUGGCUGCGCAACUACGAAAAAGCGCCCCUUAAGUUGCGCUCUUUGCAAACAGUCAAUAAAAUAUUGGCUCAUCAGCCAUGGCUACUAAAAAAGUCGCACAUUGAGUCUCUCGUCAAGGGCCCAUACCAGUGGUCGCUGUCUGAGCUGACUCACGCCAUCAUCAUCAUGGUUCACUUUCACGCUCUCUGCAGUCUGUCAUUUGGCUGCAAGUUUGGCUCGGACAAGCCGGAGAACUUUGAAAAUGAAGACAACGACUGUGAGGAGGUAGAGAUUGAGGAGCUAGUCUACGAUGUGAAAGGCUCGCAAAAGAUCAAGAAGAUUGUCAAGCGCUCGCCCGCCUCAAAACUGAUCAUUGAGCGAUGCCGACAGCUGGAGCUGGAAAACGCCACUCUGGCGGAGAUUAUGACGACGCGUUUCAAUGAGCGAAACGCACGAUGGCUCAGGCAGCAACAACAACAACAACAACGGCAGACCAAAUGGCGUCAAGAAGAUCCGUAUCAAGAACAAGAACAAGGGCAAAAAGAACCCGAAUCAGAGCCCGAACAACAACCCAUCGACCAGCAGCAGCAGCAGCAGCACCAGCAGCAGUCCGCCGACCCCACCUUUGGCUACAUUGACUUUGCCAGCCGCGACAAGCAGAAGAGCUCGCCCACCUUCCGCAUUCAGGACUACCAGUGGGACGACCAAGGCUACUCCCUCUGCAACCUCUUCUACUCGGACAUUAGCCAGUUUCUCGAUGAGAAGUUUAAGGUGGGCUACAAUCUCACCUAUUACACCCUUGGUCCAAAGACCAACAUUGACACUUCUCCCUUUCGACGAGCCAUUUGGAACUACAUUCAGUGCAUCUACGGCAUGCGCCACGAUGAUUACAACUACCGUGAAGUGAAUAUUCUGCUUGAGCGUAAUCUCAAGUGCUUCAUUAAAAAUCUAGCUUGCUAUCCUGAACGAGUUCCAAAACAGGAUUUUGCUGAUGUGAUGCAAGGUUUUCGUCCGUCUGAGAAGAUUCACGUCAUCAUCAUGGUUUCAGAAGCUCGUUUGCAAACUGAACUACUUUACGCUCUGCGCACUAUAACUGAGGUUAUGAAAACUUCUUCAUAA